CAGGUUUCCCGGCGCAUUUCUCCGCCUGGCAUCGACGGGGCCGCUCGUUAGUCGGCGAUAAAAACAACCCCGCCACCCCCUGACAACAUAUGGAAAUAGCGAGAAAACAGGGGGACAUCUCUCACCGACGGCGACACGUGCUCCUCUCCUCCUCUCCCCCUCCUCAUAUGAGUUUUUGAAGAGGGAGGGCAGGGUGCAUCUCAUCGUCUUCCUCAUCUGGCGUCGGAGGGCACAGCCGUGUGUGAGCCAUGACUCUGAGCUCAGAGAUGUCGGAUGCCUCCAUCCUUUCGGAAGAGACCGACAUAGACGUGGUCGGCGAGGGGGAGGAUGGAGACAGCCAGACGCGCUCCUACGUGGACGAGGUGGCACAGAUGCACGACGGCAUCCUCCUGGCCGGCUCUCCUCCUCCGUGCCUGGACAGCUCCACCUCCUCAAGGGAUACCUACAAGCCGGCGGGCAAGAACACCCUGGUGAAGCCCCCUUACUCCUACAUCGCCUUAAUCACCAUGGCCAUCCUGCAGAGUCCCAAAAAGAGGCUCACUCUCAGCGAGAUCUGCGACUUCAUCAGCAACCGCUUCCCGUACUACAGGGAGAAGUUCCCGGCCUGGCAGAACUCCAUCAGGCACAACUUGUCCCUCAACGACUGCUUCGUGAAGAUACCGAGGGAGCCUGGGAACCCCGGGAAGGGCAACUACUGGACUUUGGACCCGGAGUCGGCUGAUAUGUUCGACAACGGGAGCUUUCUGAGGCGGAGGAAACGCUUCAAGCGGCAGCAGGCGCAGGACUUGCUGCGGGAACACAACAGCUUCAUCCCCGCCGCCGCUGCGUAUGGGUACGGACCGUACGGCUGCGGAGGAUACGGCAUCCAGCUCCAGUCCUACCACACACACUCUGCACUUUUUGCUUUUCAGCAGCAGCAGCAGCAGCAGCAGCAGCACUCCAGGCAUUCACAUUCACACACGGGAACCAUUAUCCCUGCGCCGUCUUUGAUGCCCACCACCACGGACUUAGCCAGGAGUAGGUUUUACCCGCAGCUCAGCUCCAGCCUGGGCUCAGCCAGCGUGCAGGCUGCAGCCCCGGUGCAGAAGUCCAGCUCUCCGGUUCAGCGGUCACCCUUCUCCAUAGAGAGUAUCAUCGGGGGGUCACUGAGCCCCUCCAGGACUUCCCCGGUCGUUGUCCCGGUCUUACCCUCCUCUUUGGGCCCUGCAGCGGCCGGCCAGCCGCAGAGCGUCCACCCCGGAGCUGUUUUACACCCGGUUGAAAACUUUCCGAACAGAGUUGUCAGCGGCUCUAGCGGCUGUUAAAAUGUCUUAACAAACUUUUCAAGAAACUAAAAAAAAAAGAAACAGCAACAAAAACAAAAAAACGCCCCUCUUUGAAGGUAGGAUUAUUUUUGUAUGUUUGUUUGAUAGCACGCAGCUGAAUGAUGGACAUAAACAACACUAUUUGUGCCUAUAUUCAUGC